AAGCUAUUGAGGCGGUUAGCAGACGACAGGAGCGGGACCCUUGAAAAUAACAACAACCCACUGUGUUGAUUUGUCGCCACCAGCGGGUUAUUUUGUUUAAUUUAUUAUCACUUUUUCGUUAGGUUUGGUGCUUUGGGAGCAGAAGUUAAACUCCACAAUUCGACUAGUGUUAAAUACUAGCUAGUUAACACUAUGUUUUCAGUUCUACUCGAUGAAAUGAAUAGCUAAUUUUCAACUGUAACAUAUGGCGAUGUUCGUUCAUUUAGCCGUUUCAGUUAGCUAGUUUAAUCGCAGUUUAUGUUUACAGAAGUCUUUGUGCUGACUGGUUAAGGCUAACAGAGAAGAAAAGGAACCCUGAGCGAAACAAAACAAGAUGCCUCCCAAAAAAUCCCAGCUGAAGGUGAAGGCUGCUAAUGUCUCCAGCUCCCUGGACCUUGAGUCUGAGGACAUCAGUCUGGAGACCACUGUGCCCACCACAGAGGAUGUGUCCUCCUCGGACGAGCUCCGGAACGGCUCCCAGAAGAUGACCCGCCAGCUGAUCGAGAAGAAGGAGCUGCUGCACAACAUCCAGCUGCUAAAAAUCGAGCUUUCCCAGAAGAACUUGAUCAUAGACAACAUGAAGGCAGACCAUAUGUCCAAGAUUGAGGAGCUGGAGGAGAAGCUGAACGAUACUUUACAUCAGAAACAGGUGUUGGCUUUGAGGUUGGACAGCCAGCUGAAAGUUGCUCAAGAAGAAAACAGGAAGCAACAAAGUCUCCGUAAACAGGAGAUGGAGACCAUUCUGCUCAGACAGCAGCAGCUGGAGGAGACCAACCGACAGCUCUGUGAGAAGGCAGGAGAACUCCGCAGGUCUCUGAGGGAGCUAGACAUCUCCCAUGACAGAUACCUGGAGCUCAGGGACUUUCCCGAAGACAGACUCUCCAUACAGGAAUAUGUAGCUAUGCGUUUCUAUGAGGUGGUGACUCCUCUGCGGGAUGAGGUUAAGGAGCUCAGUGUGAAGAAAAGCACUUUAACUGAAGAGCUUGAUAUACACAGAAGUCAGAUGAAGUCUUUGAUGGAGAGCUAUGAGGAGGAACGGCGCCUUCGCACAGAGCUGGAGCUGAGGUGCCAGAAACUGACCCUUGAACUGGCUGACACCAAGCAGCGGAUCCAGGAAGGAGAUUACCGCAGAGAAAACUACCCUAUGCUCAAACGUGAACGUGACACUUGUGAAGCAGAGCUGAAGGAGCUGAAGAGGAGGUUUGAGACCCUAGAUUUAUCCCACACUGCGCUGACCAGGGAGAGGAACACACUCAGCAAAGAGGUGGCGACAUUGCAGCAGUCUGUGACACUUCUGCAGAAGGACAAGGAGUACCUCCACAGACAGAACAUGGAGCUCAAUGUGCGAUGUGCACAUGAGGAGGACCGUCUGGAGAGGCUGCAGGUACAAUUAGAAGAUACUAAAAAGGCCAGAGAGGAGGCUUAUGAGAAAUAUAUCGCAUCAAGAGACCACUACAAGUCUGAAUAUGAGAACAAGCUGAGAGAGGAGCUGGAGAACAUCAGGCUGAAAACCGGUCAGGAGAUUGACAACCUGCAGAAAACCUCAAGGGAGAUGUAUGAGAGGGAGAACAGGAACUUGCGUGAAGCCAGAGACAAUGCAGUGUUGGAGAAGGACCGAGCGGUGGCAGCAGAGAGAGACACUCAGUCAAGAUAUGACCAACUACUAGAACAGUUCCGUCAGCUCCAGCUGGGUACUGAGAGUCGGGUAGCAGAGCUGUCCAAUCAGGCUAAGCUGCACUCCUUCGAAGCUGAGCGCGCUCAAAUGCUCAAGGAGGAGACAGCCAACGCUCUGGCCCAGUGUCAGGUGGAGUGUGAGAAACAGCAGAAAAAACUGGAGGUCCUUACCCAGGAGUUUUAUAGGCUACAGACGUCAUCGGAGAAGCGGGCAGCAGAGCUGCAAGCUCAGAAUGCCGAACAGGCAUCUCGACUAGAGACGUAUGAAAAGCUUGAGCAAGAGUUGGACCAGGUCACCAUGCAGGCUGCUGAGAUUGAGGAUGAAGAGGAGGCCGAGAGAGUUCUGUUCUCGUACGGCUACGGUGCCAAUGUUCCCACAACAGCCAAAAGACGACUGAAACAGAGUGUUCACCUAGCCCGCAGGGUGCUACAGCUCGAGAGGCAGAACACAUCACUGAGGAGAGAUUUGGACAGACACAAGUCACAAACAGGACAGAUUUCUGAAGAGUUAUUGGCAGCCAACCAACUGUUGCAGCAGACACAACAGCCCUACAGCUACCUGAUUGACACAGUGCGACAACGAGAUGCACAGAUCAGCUCAUUGAAGGAACGCGUGGUGUCACUUGAGGAUGAUGUCAGUUCACUGAGGAAAGAACGGGCAACUCUGCAACAGGUGAAGAACAACAUGGCUGCUGAUCUAGAGAGACUCCUCAACCACCGAGAGGAGUUAGCUGUGAUGAAGCAGGUCCUGAUCAGUAUGCGGUCCAGGCAGGGAGAUGAUCUAAACCUGUCAGAAACAGAUAAAAGCCGAGUCAGGUCCUCUGGCACAGGGAAACAUCAGUCCAAGCAUCUCAGCAGGACCACAGAAGAAGAGUCUCCAAACAAACCGAAACCCACUGUCUUUACAAAAAAAGAAGCUCCCGGUUGGUACCCAAAGCUAAGGCAGAAACCUAAAUGAUUCACUCAGUUACUUACUAUUUAUUGACUACUCAGGGUGUUGUGUAGUGUUUAAUCUGUAAAUUACAUUUGUGUAAAAAUUGCUGAAUUUUAAAAUCCUCAAAUUUCUCUCAUGUUUCAAGUGUUUUGUAUUAUUCAUAUAAUAAAGUGCCAUAACACAGGUCCAAAACUAAAGGUAUUACUUUCCACAGGGUACACAUUCUUCAGUAACCAACUGCCCAGGCAUUCCUCCUCCUUGGCAGUUAUCUGUUUUAUUCGGUCUGUCUAUCGUUAUUUCCUCAUCCUUUCCAGGGUUGCGAGGCCCGGUACCUACAAACAGACUUUACAGCAGGAACCAUAGCCUUUUAUUUCCUCGAGUUAAGACCCCUUCUGCUUUAAA